UGAUGGAUCAUGUGAGUGGAGUGCACCAUAUCAGCAGCAGGGUUAAAACACUUGGUUAGGAACAGGACAAACGGAUGAUAAUGGCGAUACGGAUAAAGCUGUAUCAGGUUACGACCCUGUGGAAGAGAGGCCUCAUCAUCGCUGCACUGUAACACAACAUGUACAAUAUUUUGCUGAUGUUGUUGCUGCUAGUCAUCAGCGCCCAGCGCAUGUCCCAAGCCCCGUUGUGUCCUGCUUCCUGUAUGGUUUGUUCUGAGGAUGCUGUCAUCUGCCAAAGACUGACUCAAAUUAUAGUUGCUCCGAAUACCACACAGGCUCUGCUGCUAACAGAAGGCUCAAUUUCUACAGUUCAGCCUGCCUCACUGUCUGAGCUGAGCAACAUUACAGUCAUUGGUUUGAGUCAUAACAACAUCUCAGAACUUGGUAAAGAGUCCUUCAGAAAUCUGCCCUUCCUCCACACAUUACUGCUGGACCACAACCUCCUGAACAGUGAGUCUCUACAGGGUGGAGCUCUGAUGAAUCUAACCCAGCUACAGGUCCUCACCUUGGGCCAUAAUAUCAUUAGCACGAUCCAGGGUGGCUGGUUUAAAGGUGCCAAGGCUCUGCAGAGUCUUACACUGGAGGGAAACCUGCUCACCAGCUUAGAUUCUCGUUCCUUCCCUCUAAAUGACCUCAGAGAACUGAGGAAUCUGGAUCUGUCAGAUAAUCUGAUUGAACAUGUGGACAGAAACAGUUUCCGUGGCUUGGUGAGCCUGACGACUCUGGAUCUUUCCAGAAACCGCCUGAGUUCUGCUCCUGCGGAUGCUUUUGCUUACCUCACCUGGCUGACAAAUCUCAACCUGGACCUCAACUCAUGGAACUGCUCCUGUCAGCUGCUGGAGCUCGCCGACUUCCUGUCCACCUUCAUCCAACAACCUGACAAGAUCCUCUACAAUGGCCGUAGGAUGGUUUGUGCGAGCGCCGACAACCCAGCUGUAACCACAGUGCUGGAGCUGACCGAUGCCAAUUGUGUCCCGUCCAAUCAGAACAUCACCGUGCAUAUAGAGCCAAGAGCCAGCGUAACGCCUCAGUUGUAUGCUCGAGAUCUAGCCAUCACUGCAGUCAUCUGCUUUAUUGGUGGCGUUGGCUUGACUCUGCUGAUAGUUCUGAUUUACUAUCAAGUGUCUCGAAAGAAAGAAAUGAAAGAAAGUAAAAGACUGAAAGAGCAAGAAGGAGGAAGCAGCAGCACAGCUAACCACCGUGUUAAUCACCUCGAUGUUAGAGAGAGGAGGAGGGAUGUUUUCUUGCAAGAAAACAGCAGGCAGCAGUGGAACAAGGACGCCAUGACUUUGGACACAUGGGCAAAUGAACCCAGAGACCAGUUUAGAUUUAGAACUGAUGAGAACGGUGGCGGUUUCAGCUGUGCUGACUGCAGCAGUGAUGCACCAAAGCUGAACCCAAUGAGAAGAGAAAACAGGAUGAAUGGAGGGAUUGAGGCAGAGGUGGACAGAGAAAGGAGAAAAAUAAGAAGGAUACCUGAUGAGGAGGGGAAAAGGACAGAAGUUCAGCAUAAAAACCUGAACAGGGACAAGUUUGUUUUUCAAGAAAAUACAAAUUCAUCUUCUUAUCCACAGAGUGAAGCUUUUAAUCAGAGAGCAGAGAUCCUGCCAGCCCGCAAGAACGGCAGAAAUGUGAACAAUCACAGGACACACGCAGAUGUAAAGAUGAAAGGAUAUGAGAGUUUACGCUGUGAAAGUUGUCACAGGACAUACAGAGCAGAGCAGGACAUGAGACAACGGAAGAUUGGGACCAAUCCAGGAGACUUUGCUCUGCCUAAUGGCUUCUCUUCUCAGUACAGGCUGAAUGAAAGCGGGAGGAAUGCUCAUAACCACUCUGACAUGAUGAAGAACACAGAGUUGAGAAAAGUAAUCAGAAAUGUGUCGUUUGAUCUGCAGAGUUCAAGAACCCUGGAGGAAGGAAACAGUCAAAUUGAGGACAAGAGAGAGGAGGACGUAAUAAGAGACAAAAGAAAGAGAAGAGAAAAGAGGCAGAAAGUUCAGUCCAGCCGGUUGGUGAAGGUCAAACUAAACUUGAAUCCUCUAAGAAAAAGCAAAGUCCAUCCAAGGAAGAAAAAUGAGCAGGGUCCUUUGGAGAAAAACAGCUCCAAGAAAAGCAAAGAAAAAAGAAAGGAUGGAAAAGAACGUGAGGAGAAGGAAGAAAAAGGAAAGUCUAGCAAGAAAAAAAUUAGAAAAUCCUCCAAGAUUGAGACAUCGGCUGAGGAUGGAAUCAAGGAAGAAGAGGUCGGAGGAGAGGAAGGACAGAAAAGCCAAACACCCUCUGAAAAAACAACUUCCAAAAGUGAUAACAGUGACCAGAAAAGUACAGAAGAGAGUAGAUACCCAGAGAACAACCAGUCUGUGCAAAGCAGCAGUGCUGCUAACCAAUCAGGAUCCACUAUUGUUAGUGGACAUGGGCAAAGUCUGCUGGGUAAUAAGUAUCAAGGAACUGGCCUGACUCUGGGUAGUGCUCAGCAUUCGUCUACCAACCUCUCACUGCUUGGCUCAGCUGGCUCACAGCUAAGUGGCAGCAGCCUCUCUCUUCAAGGGGGGAACUUCCUGCUCAGCACCUCGGCCUCAGGAUCAAAUUUGCUGUUCCCCAGAGGUCCAGCUCCUAGUAUAGCAUUCAGUGGGCCUAACGUGGCUCCAAGCAGUGCUCCAGACAUGCUUAUCAGACAAGCUGCAGGAGGAGUUCUGUCUGCUGCUAACCCUUUCCAUGCAAGUGCAACACCUCAGACCGGAGGAGCUCCCUUGAACUUAGCAGCAAACCCAGGAGUUAAUCCUGCAGUUGUCCAGUCCCUCUCUCAGAGCCAAAUGCUUCCUGACAGUGCUCCUCUUGUAGCCAGGCCAAAACCUGAACUAGCACAGGGACAAGUCAUUCAGAAUGCAGGACUGCAUGAGCUAUCUGUUGAACCUCAAACAUCCAUGACCAAAGAGAACCUCCCUGCCUCGCAGGAUUGUAUGUCUGAGGAUGCCCCCAAAAGACUCGAACCAGCGAGCACAGUGGAGAAUAUAUCAAUUAGUAACAGUCAGGCAGAGACUGGGAAUGUACCUGUUGGUACAAUAGUUGAUAUAUCAGUAGGGGGUGUGGCUCAAACUGAGGUGCCUGCAGUGGAAAGGUCUGGAGCCAGCAUGCAGGAGGCAGGCGUAUCAGGUGUGCCCGGUAUAUCCACAGAGAGUGAACCCUCCACAGCAGCUGCUCUGCUGCAGCAAGAGUACCUGCCUGAGGAAGGAGGCUCCCCCUCCCUCAGGAGGAAGCUGAGACUGGUGCUUCCUGAGAAGACAUCCAGCCGUCCUCUCACUGCUCUGGAGAGGAAAAUACGUUAG